AUUGCUGCUGCCGCCAGAGUCCAACGGGUUUGUCUGUCUGGUCUCUGCUUCUCAACAUGGAUUCCACAGCAGAUUUUGGCUCGUUACAGCAACAGGUGCAGUCGUCCCUGAUGCAGGUGACGCGCACCGCCGGUCAACUUUCAGCCGAAGAUCUCGAUUUCCAUCGCACCUCUAACGCAGAGGUCUCCGAUUCCCUGGACGAGCAGAGCAACCGACUCUUGUCGCUCACUUCGUCCAUCCUGAAAGCCGCCACCGCCGGGACCGAUAUUUCAGCGCCGACUUUGGACGACGAAGAUUCCCUCGAAGACAAUUGGCGCGGUGUCGUGGAUGUUAUCGAUGCGCUUUUGGAAAAGGCCGACGCGUGCUUGGAUGAAUUCACUGGUGUUAUUAAGAAGCUGAGCCCGUCGCAACAAGAUCAGGCUGCCGCUGCCGCUGCGAAGGCCGCGAAGAAGCAACCCGCCAAAUUCCCGACCAUUUACGACUACGGCCCGUCGAAGAUCCCGAAGCCGCAAUUGCUAUUUGAGCGCAAGGCCGAUAACACCGAUACCGCCCCUUUCAAGCCGCUGCUUAAGACGAAGCCCCAUGCUGUCGUUCCGUUGAAGGACUCGUUGAAAUUGUCCGAUUCUGCGGUCGGAUAUGUCAACCCAUACGAGACGGAGAUCCGUGCCGCGAAGUACCCCGCUUCGUCGUACAGUGUGUCGCCGCCAGUGGAUUAUCAGCCGUGGGAGUCGACAAAGGCGACUUUUGUGGAUACUCAGGAAGGUGUAAAGGAGAUGCUGGAGGAGCUUAAGGCUGCGAAGGAGAUUGCGAUUGAUCUGGAGCAUCACGAUGUGCACUCGUAUCAGGGUCUCGUUUCCUUGAUGCAGAUUAGCACUCGGGAUAAGGAUUGGGUUGUCGAUACGCUUAAGCCGUGGAGGGAGGAGCUGCAGGUUCUCAACGAAGUGUUUACGGAUCCCAACAUUGUUAAGGUGCUUCACGGUUCCUCGAUGGAUAUCAUUUGGCUUCAGCGCGACUUGGGACUGUAUGUCGUUGGCAUGUUCGAUACGUAUCAUGCUGCGUGCGCGUUGAACUACCCGAAGCGCAGUUUGAAGUUCUUGCUGCAGAAGUUUGUCAAUUUCGAAGCCGAUAAACGUUACCAGAUGGCCGACUGGCGCAUUCGGCCGAUCCCGGAAGGCAUGUUCGACUACGCUCGCUCCGAUACUCACUACCUUCUUCACAUCUACGACCACAUUCGCAAUGAACUUGUUGAAAACUCCCUACCUGACAACAACCUUGUCGACUACGUCUUGGAGCAGUCGAAGAAAGAGGCUCUGCAAGUAUACGAGCGCCCUGUCUACGAUGCUGCUACUGGUCAAGGACCGGGCGGUUGGUACGACCUCCUUUCUCGCAAUUCGAUCGUGGUCAACAGGGAACAGUUUGCCGUGUUCAAGGCAGUACAUCAGUGGCGUGACGAGGUUGCCAGAGAGGAAGAUGAAGGCGUGCAAUGUGUGUUCCCGAAGCACGUUCUCUUUAGGGUUGCUCACACUAUGCCGCUCGACUUGGGCACCCUGUUCCGGACAUUGUCGCCCGUGACGCCAAUUGUCCAGAACCGCGCUGUAGACCUUCUGGAAGUCAUCAAGAAGGCGAAGGAUGAGGGUGCUGAAGGCCCUGAAUGGCGUGACGUGUAUGUCAAGCCAACCAGGGGUACACCAGCCGCACCGGCGACACAGGCAGUCGAUGUCCCAUCUCAAUCCCCAGCAGAGGCCAAUAUGCCCACUGUCUCUCGUUACGAGGUAUCCCAAUUCUGGGGUUCCGUUUUGGAGUCGCAAGAACCCCCCACGGUUCCCGAAUACUCCGCCGUUGCCUCAGCUGAAGCUCUACGUCUCUCCCUCCCUCUCCCACCUAUGCCUAAAACCGUCUCCGAAGCCCGCGAGAAGCUCGCCCCCGCUCAACCUCAAACGCCGAAACCCGCUCCCUCUGCUCCCGCCGUCAAGGAAGAAAAGAAAGAGGAGGAUGAGAACAAGUACUUUACCGUCAAGGAGAUGGGUGCCCCCCGCAAGCGCAAGGCUGCCCCCGCAGAGACAGUCGAGCAGUUGCAGUCCGCCUCGUCGGAAAUCGAUGGUCCUACCACGGACGCCAGCUCCUCGUUGGACAUUGAAGAUAAGCCAUCCAAAAAGCAGCGCCGCAAGGAGAAGAAGAAUAAGGCCGCAGCACAACCUGAGUCUGCCUCCAAGGAGGACGGAGAAGAGGAGGAAGAGGAGGCUGCCUUCAACUACGAGUCCGCUGCCUCUGUGUUUAAUGCCAACCCCAAGGCUACUUCGGGACUCCCGUCUAGGCGUCGCUAUAACCCUUAUGCGAAGGUGCUCGAUGCCCCGUCGGGAGUGCGGAAACAGAAGCGCGAGACUGCCGGAAAGGCGUUUACGUUCCGGUGAUUUGUUAAAGGUGAUAGAAAGGAGUGUUGUUUCUUUGUCAAAGGAAUGGUGCGCAAAAGCAUGGGCAUGGACAUAGUGUUUGUAAAUGCAUAGCGAUACCCGGUUUCUAACUUCAAAUCAAUUCAAUUUU